CAUGGCUAAUUAAAAUCCGGGGGGGCUGUAUCUCAUUUAACUCCCUGAUUGGUCGCUGUCGGGUGUGGCUUAUGUGAGAUGGGAGGGCUCCUCUCAUUCCUUCAGAUGUAUAAAACAAAGAAAUAUUCUCCCUAGAGUUGACCCAAUAAUUUACCUCCUCACACGGGACUAUUGCAUUCACAAGGCGUCAAACUACCUAAUACACACCAAUUACACCAUCAAAUCAGUCAACAUGCGUUUCACCACGGCAACCCUUCUCUCCGCCUCCCUGGCCGCCGCACACGUCGUCCAGGUGCCCCGGGACCCGAUGAUCACGCCGGCCCCUGUGUUAAAGGAACGUCAAGACUGGCAACAGGCCGUUUCGGAGGCCCUCGCCGUCGCCAGUUCCGCGGAGGCUUAUGCCAGCUCGGUCGCCAAGCAGUAUGAGAACGACCCGAACGCCGCCGCGGCCGAGAGCUCUGCUCUUGCCGUAGCCAGCUCUGCUGUCGCCGCCGCAAGCAGUCUCGCAGCCCAAUGGGGAGCCGCCAACGGACUCGAGGAGCGCCAGGACUGGGAAUCGAUAGGCCAAUCGAUAGCUAGCUCCGCCGAAAGUCUAGCCACCUCGCUCGCCAGCGCCGGUCAGUCUGUCGGACAGUCUAUUGCUAGCAAUGCCCAAAGCUUCGGCCAAUCCGUCGCCAGCAGCGCCGCCGCUGCCGGUACUUCUAUCGCCAGCAACGCUGAGAGCUUCGCUUCAUCCGUAGCCGGCACCGCCGGAAGCAUCGCCUCGUCGGUCGUUAACAGCGUUGAGAGCAAGGGCUCCAGUGCCGCCUCUGCAGCUCUAGCUUCCGCUAGCGCCGCCAUCAGCAGUGCCGAGAGUGUUGCCGCUACCGCCACUGGCAGCGCCGCCUCCAUCGCCUCUUCCGCAGUAGCCAGCGCUCACUCCGCUGCUUCUUCCGUUGCAUCUGCCGCAACCGCAGCUUCGUCUGGCUCAACCAGCGCCAGCGCCACCCCUACCGGCAACGCUGCCAUCCACGUCUCCGGCUCGAUGAUGGGCACUGGGGCCGCCGCCUUCGGUGUCCUCGUCGGAGCUAUUCUUUUGUAAAUAAACAUUUAACUCUACCUUGAGACCAAGCCUAGGAAAGGCCGAUGUCUUGUUGCUGUUUCUAGAAGGAUAUUCUAGGGGUGUUUUUGGGAUAUACGCCUGGAUUUAAACUUGAUGAUUUAUACUAUACCACACACACAUACACACAAAUUGGCAUUGCAUGAGGGUUUCUUGGUUCAAGGAUG